UUAAAAAGUGUCAAACCUGUCGAGUACCCAUUUAUAAACCUGUCCUACAAGAUGGGUUAAAUGGUGCUCCUUGUUUCGUCAUUCCUGUCUCAUUGUCAUCAGACCUGUUUUUAAAAGGGUGAACUCUCCUGUGUGGGGUUUGACGUUUUUAUACUGGAGGAACAGUUCAGUGCGUAGACUUUGUGUAUGUAUUUAAAUCAAACUCUUUGGAUAUUUUAAAACAUCUACGUUUACACAACCCUCAGGUAUUUGGGAACCACAACAAAGUUCUAAUAGGACUGAAAAAUGUCAAAAGAUAAAAGUGAAAAAAAGGACAAAUCUGAAAAGGCUCUGGCAGCAGAAAAAGAACAAUUCGCCAAAUCUCAGCUGCAGAGCAUUUCAAAGUGCAUAACCUCCACUGAAGCUCCAAUAAAGGCGAAAUAUGGCCGCAAUAUCCUGUUAGGAACGCAUUGGGAAAAUGGAGCUGUUGUUUUCUGGUCCCACGCUGUGAAUUUGCCUCUGGCCAGCAAUGCCAUUAUCAGCUGGAAAUUCUGCCAUAUGAUACAUAAACUCCUACGUGAUGGCCAUCCUAAUACCCUGCGAGAUAGCCGAGGACACGUCCCAAGUAUUAAGCAACUGGGAAUUUUAUGGGGAAGCCUUCAUGAUCGAUAUGGACAUAUUGUUGCUCUGUAUGCAAAGUUCCUCUGCAUCAAAAUUGACUUCCAUUGUAAGCACAAAGUGAUUCCACCAAAUCUGGAAGCUCCUGAGGACGUUCUUGAGAAGGCUAUUGCAGUUGAUAUAAAUGAAGUGUUUGAAACCACUGGUGAGGUGCUAGACUAUAUGGAUGCCGCACUUGUAUUACAAGAAACAGUUUUCAGACAACUUGAAUCCAACAAUACGAGCUCGACGACUGCAGUGGGUCAGUGCCGUCUAGCUCCCUUGGUCCCGCUCAUCCAAGACUGCAGCCCUCUCUAUGACUUCCUCGUCAAGCUCCUGUUCAAGCUGCACAGCCGAAUACCUGUGGAUGCUCUGUUGGGCCAUCGUGAGCGAUUCCGUGAUCAGUUCAACAGUCUUUCCCAGUUUUUUGAGAAAGCCAGGAGCAUGGAGUUCUUCAAAUCCAUCAUCCAGAUCCCUGAUUUUCCUGAGUCCCCUCCAAACUUCCUGCGUGCAGCUUCAAUGGCUGAUUAUAUCAAGCCAGUGGUGGUUCAUAAUCAGCUUCCUGAAGAUGAUGAUACAGAGACUCAGGUGGACGUUGGUGAAGGAUACCCAAUGUUCUUUUCUUUAAACCAGUACGACCCAACAAAUGAUGUACCUAUCCAAAGGGAGCAAGAGGUCGACUCUCUGAGGAAGGAGCUUGAAGUAAUGAGACCUGACGUGCAGAUGUACAAAGCGGAGGCCCAGCGUGCCGUCGUCCACCUGAAAGAGCAGGUGAAUAAGUUGGAAGCAGAGCUGGAAGACCAACGCACUCACAAGCAGAUGGCCAUGGUGGAGAACGAGCAGCUGCGCAUGGAGGUGGAUGCGUUAAGGACGCAGACGGCAGUCGCUGCGAGCAUGCAAGCCUCUGUAGACGACAGCCGAGUUCAAACUGCCCAGAUGCAUUUCACUCGGCUUAAAGAAAAGCACGCCGAGCUGGUCACCAGGCAUGCUGAUCUCAUGAGAAAGAAUGCAGACAUGGUGAAGCAGCUGGCCAGCACUCAGCAAGCUCAAGAGGAGCUGGUCAAUGCCAAGCAGCAGCUCACAGAAGACCUGAAGCAGCUCAAACAGGAGAACAAUACCAAGCUUGAAGCACAGAAGGCAGAAAUCAUCCAGUUGAAGCAAGAACUCCAGACCGGAAAAGCUGAAAUAUUAAAUGUUCAGAGUACACUCCAGAGCAAAGAAAAGGCAGGGGACCAGUUGAGCAGUGUGUUGGUGGGACUCCAGGCUGAGAAGGAAGCACUGAUGCGUUCUCUGAAAGAGCAGGAGGCUGAGCUUGCUAACCUGCGCCAGAGCACUCAGCUAUACCAGACCACGCUGCAGCAGGAGCGAGACAAGACCCAGAGCGAGAUGAGCUCCUUGAAGAGUCAACUACAGGAAAAGGUGAGUCGAGAGCAGGAGCAGCAGAUAGAGCUUGAUAAACUGAGGAGAGAGCUGGAGUUAAAAAGAGCAGAGGCACUAAGUGUGCAGGCUGCACUACAGAGUAAAGAGGCGACAGGAGAUCAGCUGAGCAGUGUGUUGGUGGGGCUUCAGGCUGAGAAGGAAACACUGAUGCGUAAUCUGAAAGACCAGGAGGCCGAGCUUGUUAAAUUGCGCCAGGCCGCUCAGCUGCACCAGACCACACUGCAGCAGGAGAGAGACAAAUACCAGAGAGAGAUUGACUCCCUGAAGAGCCAACUACAGGAAAAAGUGAAUCAGGCAGGACAUGAGAUGAGCAGUGUGUUGGCGGGGCUGCAGGCUCAAAAGGAAACGCUGAUGCGUUCUCUGAAAGAGCGGGAGGCUGAGCUGGCUAACUUGCGCCAGGCUACUCAGCUACACCAGUCCACGCUACAGCAGGAGAGAGAGAAGGCACAGAGAGAGAUGAGCUCCCUGCAAAGCCAACUACAGGCCGAGUUGAGCCGGGAGUCGGAGCUCCAGCAGAAGCUACAGGAGGAGCAGUUUUGCUUAUUGCAGUGCGCUGUGGUGGAGGCAGAGGGCAUCAUAUUAGACGCUCUGGCCAAAGUGGAUGACCCCAUGCACGUGCGCUGUGUUUGCACUCCUGAGUAUUUGAUCAACCGGGCUGAGACCACUCUGGCGUCCAUUGACAAGAUGCAGCAAAGUCAUGCUGGGUAUUUACAAAAUCUGGAUGAUGCCAGUGGGCUGUUGAGAUCUGUGACUCAGUUUUCCCACCUUGCAGCAGACACUAUUGUUAACGGAGCUGCUGCGUCCCACUCUGCACCCACUGACCAGGCUGACAGGCUGACCGAUAACUGCAGAGACUGUGCCACUCACUGUCUGCAGUUCCUUAAAGAGCUCAAGCUGAAGGCCACACUGCAGAGAGCUGAACCGAGCGCCAUCCGCUACACGGUCCAGCGCAUCCUCAACCAAGCCACUGAUUUACGACACAAUGAUGGAGAUAUUCAGAAAGCAGAGCUGGCAGAUAUGGUGGAUAAAGAGAUGGCUGCCACCUCCACUGCUAUUGAGGAUGCUGUUCUGAGGAUGGAAGAAAUAUUGAGCCAAGCAAGAAGAGAUACAUCGGGAUUAAAAUUAGAAGUUAAUCAAAGCAUCCUCGGGUCCUGUUCUGAUCUGAUGAAAGCCAUACACAUGUUGGUUACAGCGGCCACGGAUUUACAGAAGGACAUUGUGGAAAGUGGUCGGGGAACUGGCUCUGUGAAAGACUUCUAUGCCAAGAAUUCCUGCUGGACUGAGGGGCUCAUCUCUGCCUCCAAGGCUGUAGGAUGGGGAGCCACACAGAUGGUUGAUUCUGCUGACAAAGUAGUGACAGACCAAGGCAAAUAUGAGGAACUGAUCGUGUGCUCUCACGAGAUCGCUGCCAGUACCGCCCAGCUCGUAGCUGCCUCUAAGGUAAAGGCAGAUCGAAGUAAUAAGAAACUUAAUACGCUGCUGCAAGCUUCACGACAUGUAAAUGAUAUGGCUGCGGUUGUUGUGACUUCAACAAAAGCUGGACAGAUGCAAAUCGAAGAUAAGGAUCCCAUGGAUUUCUCAGGCAUGUCCCUGAUCAAGCUGAAGACAGAGGAAAUGGAAACUCAGGUGAAAGUGUUAGAGCUGGAGAAUCAGUUGUCCAGUGAACGCCAGCGACUGGGCGAGCUAAGAAAAAAGCACUACGAGUUGGCUGGAGUUCCUCUUGAUCAGACUGCGGAAAAAGAUUUUGAUGGGUUUGUCAGCGUUUUAUCUCCAAUGAUGCCUGAGCCACCGCUGCCUAAACCACCCAAACCUGAGCCUCCUAAAAACCCAUCAUCUAAAAAACCUUCCAUUUUCCAUAAAUCUGGCAGCCUCCUUAAAAACAAGUUUAGGUGAAGCCUCUGCAAAAGAUGCUAAGUGGAAAAGACCAUUUGAAUUAACACUGAUUUAUACAAAAGACAAACAUUCCUUUAUUCUUCGUGAGUAACGCCUUUAUCCUGGUUAGCGGUAUAGUGGAUCCGGACCCUAACACAGGAACCACACUAGGUGUGAGACUGGAAUACACCCUGGAUGGGAUGGUGUUCCAUCACAGGGCACCAUCCAUACAUAUUUACACACUUAUUCACACCUAGGGGCAAUUUAGUCACUAAUCCACAUACGAGCAUGUUUUUGGGCAAAAACCAGAGAUCCCAGAGGAAAGCCAUGUGGACUUUGAGAACAUGGGACAUUUCACACUGCUUUAUUAUUAUUAUUGAUUUGAAUUCGAUUAAAAUCAUGAUUUUUGAAACAAGUACAUUAAUUUCUGGUGUAACUACUUUGUAAAUGUAUGUAAUUAAACAAUUUGUGAUGAAGAAUAAUAAUAAAGUCUACACUAGGGUGGCUCAAAAAAAA